GACCAUGGCUCUGAAGGACACGGGCAGCGGCGGCGGCGGCGGCGGCACCAUCCUACCGAUUAGCGACAUGGUGUCCGCAUCCGCCUCGCCGGGCGCGCCCGCCGCCGCGGGCCCGGGGCCCCGCGCGCCCUCGCCCUUCCCCGAGGUGGUGGAGCUGAACGUGGGCGGCCAGGUCUACGUGACCAAGCACUCGACGCUGCUGAGCGUCCCGGACAGCACUCUGGCCAGCAUGUUCGCGCCUUCCAGUCCCCGGGGCGGCGCGCGGCGACGGGGAGAGUUACCCCGGGACAGCCGCGCGCGCUUCUUCAUCGACCGGGACGGCUUCCUCUUCAGGUACGUGCUGGAUUACCUGCGGGACAAGCAGCUCGCCCUGCCCGAGCACUUCCCGGAGAAGGAACGACUGCUGCGCGAAGCCGAGUACUUCCAGCUCACCGACCUGGUGAAGCUGCUGUCGCCCAAGGUCACCAAGCAGAACUCGCUCAACGACGAGGGCUGUCAGAGCGACCUGGAGGACAACGUCUCGCAGGGCAGCAGCGACGCGUUGCUGCUGCGCGGGGCGGCGGCGGCUGCGCCCUCGGGUCCCGGAGCGCACGGAGGCGGCGGCGCCGGCGGCGCGUCGGACAAGCGCUCCGGCUUCCUCACCCUGGGCUACCGCGGUUCCUACACCACGGUGCGCGACAACCAGGCGGACGCCAAGUUCCGGCGCGUGGCGCGCAUCAUGGUGUGCGGGCGCAUCGCGCUAGCCAAGGAAGUGUUCGGGGAGACGCUCAACGAGAGUCGCGACCCCGACCGGCAGCCCGAGAAGUACACCUCCCGCUUCUACCUCAAGUUCACCUACUUGGAGCAGGCGUUCGAUCGCCUGUCGGAGGCCGGCUUCCACAUGGUGGCGUGUAACUCCUCCGGCAUGGCCGCCUUCGUCCACCAGUACCGCGACGACAAGAUCUGGAGCAGCUACACCGAGUACAUCUUCUUCCGACCACCUCAGAAAAUAGUGUCACCUAAACAAGAACAGGAAGACAGGAAGCAUGAUAAAGUCACAGACAAAGGAAGUGAAAGCGGGACUUCCUGUAAUGAGCUCUCCACCUCCAGCUGCGACAGCCACUCCGAGGCCAGCACUCCUCAAGACAAUCCACCCAGUGCCCAGCAGGCCACAGCUCACCAGCCUAACACCUUGACAUUGGAUCGUCCAUCCAAAAAGGCACCUGUGCAGUGGAUGCCCCCACCAGACAAGCGCAGAAACAGUGAACUCUUUCAGACCCUCAUCAGCAAGUCCCGGGAAACAAAUCUUUCCAAAAAGAAAGUCUGUGAGAAGCUCAGUGUGGAAGAAGAAAUGAAAAAGUGUAUUCAGGAUUUCAAAAAAAUCCACAUUCCAGAUUAUUUUCCGGAGCGCAAACGGCAAUGGCAAUCUGAACUGCUGCAGAAAUAUGGGUUAUAGUAACCAUUACACUCCUCCCGUGUUUCAAUGACAUUCAGUGUUUACGACGGUGUCACUAACCUGACUCCAGGGUCAGUGUGAAUCUUGCUGCUCUUUUUUGUGAACAGUGAAUGUGGGAUGGUAUUUUUUUUUUUCAUUCUUAUUUUUGUUGCUGUUUUGUAGAAACAGGAUCUUAAAAAAAUCGAAACCAAUAAAUGUAGUCUCAAGAUGGUAUAUCUAUCCGAUUCAAACAACUUUGAAAGAACAAAAAGAAACUGCAUGAUCAAGAAGCAUAGAAUCUUGAUUUGGAGAUUAUGGUCAACUGGACACAUUUGUCAUUUUGUAACUCAUCAAAAAAAAAAAGAAAGUAAAGAAAAUCCUCGUAUUCACUUCAACUAAAAUGACAGUACGAAUGAAGCAACAUCAAGUAAAAUUGUAGAUGAAGGUUAUCAACGUAAACUAAAUCUAAAACUGUUUAAAUGUUAAUGCAAUAGCAAUAUUAUUUUUGCAUGAGCACAAUGUUACAAAUAAGUCAUGAGAAAUAAGAGAAGAUUUGUUUGUUGCUUGGAAAGAAAAUUUACAAAAAAAAAAGCAAAAAAAAAAAGUUUCAGGCAAAGCCUAUAACUGUAAAGUGUCUAGGAUACUGAAAUUGAACUUUCUUGUUCAAAGCUGUGAUUUCUUUGAUAUGUGUGUGUGUAUGGUGUUCCUGUUUGUCCAGAUGGUGUAAAUAUGCCUUAUCUUUUUGUGUUCUGGCAUCGACAUUCAUCUAUCAAUGCUAGUCAUGAUUAUUUCUGUGAAAUGAGUCUUUUACAUCCGGCUGUGAAAAUUGGUAAAAUGAGGCUCUGAAAGAUCCUAGUAUUAUGUUACUCAAAAUAAUUGAGGAAAAUGAUAAAGAGAUUUA